CUGUCCUUCUGGCUCAUUUGGCACAUCAGAGCCCCCCUGGCACCCAACUCAACCUCGACGUGAUGCCAUCACGCUACUAGUGGCACUGACCUCAUUCAUAGAAAAAGAAAUACAAAAUACACUUAAAUGGGUUUCUUCUCGGCCAGGAAAGCGGAAGGGUCCAAAUAUCUUGAACCCGACAGGUCGGUGGUUCAAGUCAUUCGUUCGCGAUUCCAUGAUACAAUGUACAAAGCCAAGCGCUGGGAGGCUUCUUCGCAGCCCUCUACUUCCCACUUGCCACGGUUCGGCCUCAAGUCUCCGUCGCGACGAGGCGGUGACCGGGAAUCGCAUCGUAACAGAGAUCUCAGCCAUUCGCCGCAUUCACCUCUCCGUUCGACAGGACAUACUAGCCCUAGUCCCCGUCCCAUGCCUCGCGCCCACACAGAUGCCAUAACCUCAACUCUGGCGCAACGGCUCAAUGAAUUGGCUGCUGCCAAUGCUGAAAGCCUGCUCAGUGACGACGAGUAUCGUCUGCUACGGCAAAACAUAUUCGAACGCCUAGCGAGCCACAGUUCCGUUCCAACAGAGAGCCCAGUGAUCCCACUUGGCUCUCACAGUCAGAAGCAUUCCCCGCAGCUUCCGAACAAUUCAUCACAGUCUUGUGUCAAGGCGGGGCGGACGCCAUCUGUCCGCUCCAAAGCAUCUGUUUCCUCCGUCGUGUCUAACCUAUUUCGACGCAGCACCCGUCGAGUAAGCGGUAUUUCCAGAGAAGGCACUUCGAGUGAGACGUCUAGCAUUUUCUCUGCCGCGCCGAGCGCCUUCAGACGAAGGGGUAUACCCCGGGAGCCCAGGAACGACGAGUCGUCAAGGGUGGAAACAAUCGCCGCCAGUAGUGCCGUCUCUUCGCCAUCCUUUGAUGGCGAGGCGCAGCAUCACCGGGGUCUGGAGAGUAUGUCAUAUCGCUCCAUGUCGCGAAGUGUGCGACGGCUGGACUCUCCUCCAUCAUCCUUCCCAAAUCGCACGCCUGAACCAAAGCAUUUACAUUCCAUCCUCACCAGUGAAGCGUUGCAGGACGACGAGGUGAAGACGUCUCGAAGUCUCCGUCAUGAGAUCGAAGCAAUGGAGGCGGAAGCCAUGCGGGUUCUUGACGCAUUCAACGGCGUAGAGUUGUCUGUGUUGACAAGAAGUCAUCACAAACCUGGUCAUUCACCGUUACGGUCGCCGUCUUCUGUUGCGCGACGCAAUAUCGAGCAUGAAUUUUUCCAUGGAAAUGGAACAAGCCCUUCGGGAAGGGGUACUCCGUAUCAUGCGUCAGAUGCAGAUGGUUCGUCGUUGCGAUCCUCGACAUCAUACGGGACCAGUGUAUCGCAACCGCGGUCGCACAGACCUAACCCAUUACUCAAACCACUCCUUUCCCCGUCUGUAGCUAAUCGCAAGAGGUCCACGUCGUCACUAUCAUCGGGGGCUUGGGCAUCACCAACCACGGCAUCCCCCACCCUGACGCAACCACAGCUACGUGAUCUGGGGAGCGUGUCGAGUGUGAACCUCGCAAGGUCGUUAGCUCCACACUCCGUGGUGUCGAUCGACGAAGACUCUGAGAUUUCGGCUAUGGAAUCUGAGCUGGUGGAUAUUCGGCGGCGACGUCAAGAAGUGACGGCUCGGUACCAAGACCGCCUGGAGUACCUCCGCGCCCAGCUCAAGGGUGCAGAGUUGAGAGAGAAACUGCUGAGGAAGUGAGGGGUUGGGACUGUUGCCUGUACUGUAUACCAGCCAUACCAUUCUUUAUGCCUUGCAUGUUUUUUUUUACAAGAUGGGUGUUAAUUUUUUUUAUUUGGGUUUCUCUGCGAC